AUGACCAACAUCUUUGUCGUCGCGGCCAAGCGCACGCCCUUUGGCGCCUUUGGCGGCAAGUUCAAGUCGGUCUCGGCCACGGACCUCUGCGCACACGCGACCAAGGCGGCGCUGCAGUCGGCCAACCUUGACCCGAAGCUCGUCGACACGGUCAUCGUCGGCAACGUCGCGCAGACGUCCAAGGAUGCUGCGUACAUUGCGCGCCACGUCCAGCUCAAGGCGGGCAUGUCGAUUGAGAAGCCGGCGCUCACGAUCAACCGCCUCUGCGGCUCGGGCUUCCAGAGCAUUGUCAACGGCAUGCAGGAGAUCCAGCUCGGCGACGCGUCGAUCGCGGCGCCUCUGGUGGCCUACGGUGACAAGGCGCGCUUCGGCGUCGGUCUUGGCGCGGGCUUGAACCUCGAGGACUCGCUCUGGUCGGCGCUCACCGACUCGUACGCCAAGUGCGCGAUGGGCAUCACGGCCGAGAACCUCGGCGCCAAGUUUGACAUUACGCGCGAGCAGUGCGACGAGUUUGCGCUGCGCUCGCAGACGCUCUGGGCCAAGGCCAACGAGGCCGGCGUCUUCAAGGACGAGAUCGCGCCCUUUGAGAUCAAGGUCAAGGGCAAGAUGGAGACGGUCGACACGGACGAGCACCCGCGUGGCACGACGCUCGAGAAGCUCGCCAAGCUCAAGCCCGUCUUCAAGGAGAACGGCCUCGUCUCGGCUGGUAACGCGUCGGGUAUCUCGGAUGGUGCCGGCUCGGUCGUCCUCGCGAGCGAGGAGGCGGUCAAGAAGUACGGCCUCAAGCCGCUUGCGCGCGUCGUCUCGUACGGCGUCGUCGGCGUCGAUCCGUCCAUCAUGGGCAUUGGCCCGGUCCCGGCCAUUGAGCAGGCGCUCAAGCGCGCCAACUUGAAGCUCGACGACAUUGGCCUCGUCGAGAUCAACGAGGCGUUUGCGGCGCAGUACCUCUCGUGCGUCAAGGCGCUCGGCGUCGACCCGGAGAAGGGCAACGUCAACGGCGGUGCUAUCGCGCUCGGCCAUCCGCUCGGCGCGUCCGGCUCGCGCAUCAUGGCGCACCUCACGCACGCCCUUCCUCGCACGGGCACCAAGUACGGCAUUGGCGCGGCCUGCAUUGGCGGCGGCCAGGGCAUUGCCAUCAUCUUGGAAAACGUCCAGUAA